AACAAAACACUCUGCUGGAAGGGGCUCCCUUUGCGUUUCCUCAACCACUUUCCUUGUUAUCAGUGUUGUUCAAACGAGUGUAAAACAGGAAAGGAGCGUCCAGCUGCUGAUAAGGCUACCGAUCGUCGUCGAUUUUCUUGGUCUAUUCCUCCGAUCCGUCAUUCGCGUAUAUUAUCAUCACCAAUCGUCUGAUUUUGCUUAUCGUCUCGGCCUCGACUAGGUGCUGCUCAUCAAAAGUGGUAAACACACAAACCAUAUGGCAAUGGAACCUGCGGCUGUGAAUCUUGCUGACCUGGCAUCGCUCAAGGAGCGGAUGAAGCUCAUUGCCGAGGCGGACCCCAAGCAGUAUCACAAUGAGUUUUCCCUCAGGCGCUAUCUGAGGGCGUUCAAAACGGUCGAUGCGGCCUUCCAGGCGAUUCUCAAGACGAACAAAUGGCGCCAGGAGUACGGGGUGGAGACGUUGGGGGACAGUCCGGCCAUCGCUGCCAACGCCAACAAGGCUCGGGUGCUCAAGCAUCGCGAUUGCACCGGCCGACCAGUGAUCUACAUCCCGGCCAAGAACCACUCAUCCGAGCGGGACAUCGACGAGCUGACCAAGUUCAUCGUGCACUGCCUGGAGGAAGCGUGCAAGCGUUGCUUCGAAGAAGUGACCGACAAUCUGUGCAUCGUGUUCGAUUUGGCCGAGUUCAGCACGUCCUGCAUGGACUACCAGCUGAUUAAGAAUCUGAUCUGGUUGCUCAGCAAGCACUACCCGGAACGGUUGGGGGCCUGUCUGAUCCUGAAUGCUCCGAUGGUGUUCUCCACCAUUUGGCCGGUCAUUAAGGGAUGGCUCGACGAGAACACCUCCGGCAAGGUGGUCUUCGUGUCGAGCGAGGAAGAUCUGUGCAAGUAUCUAAUCCCGGAUAUCCUGCCAACGGAUAUGUAAGGGGGGUGGACUGGCGGACUGGCGGACGAACAAACAUUCCAUGUAGACACACACACAUUCCCACCAAAUGGGGUUUGAAACACGCCGUAGAAGCAUGUCUAGGCUUCAAUUACUAGAUAAGUAGCGAGGGAAACCGAAGAAGUGAUUCUAGAACUACGAGCUAUUAACCAAACUAAGAAAUUACCUAAUCAAAAAGAAGAUUAAUUACGUUCAAAGUAGAAGUCGUCUCUAGAUUAUAGUAUACAACUAAUUACUAAAUAUUUACACCACUUUUUGUUAUGAAUUUCGUUUAGGACUAAAGUCGAAAGUGGGGUUUUAGAGGAUCACGCACGUUGGGAUUUCGAGUAACUGUACUUAUGGCGCAUUGGUUUUGAGAGACCCUAUUAUCCAACCCAGUUUCCUAACACACAUUAGUAUAAUUGACCUAUAGGCAGGCACGCGUAAUUCUGUCCGUACUGUGGCGGCACCCGAGAACUCGGUUGUUGGCCGAUGCCAUCAACUACUUACAUAUUUGGAAACGGAAACUAAGGAGAGGAAUCGAAACCCCUUUACAUUAAUGUACCUACUAGUAGUGUGUAUGAGAUGCAUAACACUGUUGAAAAUAAAUGUACAACUGUAGAACAGUA